UAACACGGUCUCUCUGCGUGUGGUUCGCUUUGCGUUCAGAGCGGUUUACCUUGCGAGUGCCUUCAAAGUUUCUUUUUUUUCCUUCAUAAGAAAACUCGAUUAUUGCGACUUCUGCCGUCGUCGAGAAGACUCGGAGGGGAACAACUGUCAUGACGUCGAAUGGCGGCUAUACAGCGUCUCCUGAUGACAAGGGAAUUGGAUGACGCUUGGAAGCUUCAGUGGUCGAGGCCGGACCAGAGGCUGGGUAACUACUAAUAUAAAUGACAGCUCGACAAGGCUGUAAAGCGCUGGAGUCCUCGAAAAACAUGGUUGACCGAAAAUGGCUGCUGAAAACUGGCAAGAUAAUCCCGAUCUCAAGAAGUUGUACAUUUCUAAACUGAAGCCUGAAACAACAAAUGAUCGUUUGGUGGAGCACUUUGGAAAAUAUGGAGAAGUUACUGAAUGUAAAAUUGUAAAAGACAAUCAAGGUAAUUCAAGGGGCUUUGCCUUUUUGACGUUGUCUGACCAAGCAGCUAUUGAUACCAUCUUAGACGACAAACCGCAAAGCAUUGAUGGCCAGACGGUGUUCAUGAGGAGAGCAAUCCCUAAAGAUGAUCCAAAUCCCCUAGCCCAGGCCAUUACUAAGAAGCUUUUCAUUGGAGGGCUGACUGAGGAGGCGACUGAACAAGACAUCACCAAUGUCCUCUCUAUCUUCACUUCCCAUCAGCCAGAACAAAUUAAACUUAUGCGGGAUAGAAACACCAACAAAUUCAAGGGUUAUGCAUUUGUAAUAUUCCAAAGUGAAGACGUUGUGGACAAGCUAUUUAUCAUCAGGAAUGCCACAAUCAAAGCGAAGCGUGUUGAACUGAAGAAAGCAGAGGAGUUAGGUGCGCCUGGUGCUGGUGGUCGUGGAGGUGCUCGUGGAGGAGGUACCAGAGGUGGCGGAGGUUCCAGAGGUGCCAGAGGUGGCGGCGGUGGUGAAUACAGAGGAAGAGGUACGCGAGGGGGCAGUUAUGGUGCAAACCAUGGUGGUUUUUCUCAAUCUUAUGAUUACAGUUAUGCUGGUUAUGGUGGGGAGUACGAUGGUUAUGGUGGUAGUGGUGGAUUUGAUUACAAUGGCUAUGGCAGUUAUGGUGGCAGUAGCUAUGGUGGUGGUGGUGGUUAUGGUGGUGGUAGCUAUGGCAGUGGUGGAUAUGGUGGAGGCUAUGAUAUGGGGAAUUACAGGUCUGAGGCCUCUGGCUAUGGACCAAACAGGCGUGGACGUGGGCGUGGAGCUGGUGGCGGCGGCGGUGGUGGUGGAUAUCAUCCUUACUGAAGAGUUUUUGAACACUGAUUCAUGCAACAUAUUUUGUUACUGGACCUGUAGUUAAAUGAAGGUGUGUUUUAGUGACCAGACAGUGACUUGAAAUCCAAUGAUCACCUUGCUGUGCUGGAUUAGAUUGGACUUGUACAUGUGUUAUUUUUUUUUUAUUGCAAGAUACUUUACAAUCUGAACGAACUUGAUUCUAUGACUUUAUGCCGAGAUCAGGGACAUGACUAGAACUUUUUGUAGGUUUUUUGGGUUACUGAUCAAUAUUCUGUAGUUAGAUAAUGGCAGAACAUUAUUCUCGGGCAUGUUCUUUCAGGAGUUAUACAGUUUGAUUGAAAAUCAAUUGUUAUAGUUGUCUAAUAUGCAAGUUUUCUAAUUCUUAGAGUAGACAAGUUUGACGGACCUUUCAUAUCAAGAUUUUAACAAUCUUUGUAGUGAAGUGCAUUAUGCAUAUUCAUCUGGAGAAAGAGAUUGUGUCUGCUUAGGGAACAUUUUAAUUUCACACUGCAAUUGAACAUUGUCAGCAUGAAGUUGGGACAAACAUUUCCAUCAUGUAUACAUGUAACUCUUUGUGAUAUUCAUGAAGAUGUGUUGUCUCCUUUGAAGUUGUAUUUAUUGCAUUUUUAACCUUUGUAUAAAAUAAACACUAGUAACAUUUAUUUGA